AUGAUACCUUCUCAUCCCAUCAUCACACCGUCUCAUGCCAUUGACCUUACCUCACAACAAUUCCCGAACUUGCACUUCACCACCAUUUCUCCACCACUCUUACCCACCCCGGUUGUUUCCCACCCCGGUCCUCUUCCCCCUCCGUCUUCCUCCUUCCUCUCACACGCGUUCGAUUCCCACCAGCGCAGCACAGCAGCGCGCGUGGUGUCGCUGGCGGGGGUGCGAGGCACAGCCAUGGCGGCAGGGCUGUCUGCGAAGGCUGGAAGGUCGACAGCAACUCGUUUUGAGACGUCGCAUAACAAAUUCAUUAUCACAUGUCCCUCCCCUUCCGAUUCCCUCCAGGGCAGCACAGCAGCGCGCCUGGUGUCGCUGGCGGGGGUGCGCGGCACAGCCAUGGCGGCAGGGCUGUCUGUCAAGGCGCUGUGGGUGCUCGACGGCCACUUGCAUGGCGGCUCCUCCUUCUCCUCGCUCUUUUCUCUGCAGUAUGACCAACGGUUUUCUGUCGACGAUGUGACCACGGCAUGUGUAGUGGACGUGCUGGAACAGGCGCAGCAACUCUCGCUUUCGUACAGAGAGACCCACCUCUGCUGGUCGGCUGCUGACCUGGCAUCCAGCCUGCAGGCGUUCCGUCCAGCUCAGCACAUCCUCCGCCAGCUGGCGGCAGAGGACCUGCCACGUGUGCAGCAAUCCACCGCAGUCUUCCUCGAGGAUAUUUCUCUAGACUCCUGCCCCACGAACCGAACCCCUUCUCUCCUGCACGGCACCAACGGCCAUAUUCUUCCCUUCUUCCCCACCCCCCUUUCCUUCCCCCAUCAGGACACCCCUCUAGACACCUGCCCCGGCUGCCCCGCCAACCUCUCCCUCCUUGUCCCCCCUUCCUGCACCAACUGCCGCACCCUCCCCUUCUCCCACUCCCUCUCCUCCUGCGCCGCUCGCCGCAUCGCCUACGCCGCCCUGCGCCGCCCGGACCGCGACUUCACUGUGGCUGCUACAGUGCCGGCUGCCGCCCUGGCUGCGGCCGGCAUGUUCCACGAGUCAAGGGCGCCACUGGUGCUGCAGGCAACGCGAAGGAGGGGGGAGUUGGGGUGCGGAACAGGGGCGUGGUGGGGGGGAUGGGCGGGGGGGAGUAUCUGGGGAGAGGUUCGGGGAGCGGGGGGCAUGUGGGGAGGGCGUGGCAGGGGAAGGGGGUGGAAGAAGUGGGGGAGGAGGAGUGGGUGGUGGGGCGGUGUGCUUGGAGGGAGGCAAUGGGGGAGCGGUGGAAUGGAGAGUUUGUGGUGGUGGAAGUGGGUUCUUGGGGGACCAGCAAGAAGGGAGCUGUGUGCUCAACUAGAGAUCGUGGAGUUCCUCGCGCUGGCCCACGCGCCCUCGCUCUUUUUCGCCCUCCACGAUUCCCCCGAGGCCCGCCUUCUCACAGCCUUCGCCACUGCUGUGAGGGGUCCCCUCGGCCUCCCCCCUGCUGCUGUGGAGCCGGCUGUCUGCCCCUCGCCCGUGCUGCCGCCGCUCGCUAGCCUGCGGUUUGCACAGCAGAUGAUCAUGGACGGUGAGAGAUGGACGGUGAGAGAUGGACGGGGAGAGAUGGAUGGUGAGAGAUGGACGAUUCAGAAGGUGGCGUCAACGAGCUGGAAAAUGUGGAUGCGCAGCGAGCGGGGCUUUAAGCACAUCUCCUCCUACUUCCACACUCACCACGCGGGGGUGAACGGGCUCACGCUCAUGCGGCGAGAGAUGGGAGAGGACGACGUCAUGUUCCACAUGACUCGGCGCGACCUGGUGAAGGUGGUGUUUGUGCGCAACCCGUUGCCACGGUUGCUGUCCGCGCAUGGGGACAAGCUGGCUAAUGGUGGGGAGAGCCGCAACGUCAGCAUGUGGAACGAGCUGUUGUUGGGCCAUGAGCGCUUGAAGCGCCACGGGUUCGCGGUGAACAGCACUGUGAGCUUCAAGGAUUCCGCUCGCUUGGUGGCUGAGAUUCUCCGAGAAACGGGCGGUAAUGGGGAUAAACAUAUUGCCACACAGACACAGCUGUGCGGACUGGACAUGAUCAAAUACAACAUUGCUGGCAAAUACGAAACUCUGCAAGAGGACAUGCUACGGGUGGUGAGCAAGCUGAAGCGGUCGACAGAAAACGCGAUGAAGAUUUUCAAGCUGGGAUCCGAGUUCCACAAAACAAGGGCGGAGCAGCGCAUGCGUGCGGCGUAUGAUAAGGACACUAUCAAGAUUGUGGAGUCAGCAUAUGCUGCUGAUUUUGAUAUUGCAUUGAAUAACAUUAGUUACAGUGUUCCUGAUGUUCUUCAAGAUAUUGUAGGAGUAGCUGAUGCUCCUGUAAAAGUGAAUGGACUAGAUGUCAUUUGA